AUGUCUGGAAGCACAGGAGAACGUUCUUUUGCUGAUAUUAUUACCAGUAUCCGAUACUGGAUUAUUCAUAGCAUUACUAUACCCUCCCUAUUCAUUGCAGGUUGGUUAUUUGUCAGCACGGGUCUAGCUUACGAUGUUUUUGGAAGCCCCCGCCCAAACGAAUAUUUUACAGAGAGCCGACAAGGAAUUCCAUUAAUAACUGGCCGUUUUGAUCCUUUGGAACAACUUGAUGAAUUUAGUAGAUCUUUUUAG